AUGGUGGGCGUGGCCAUGGAGCUCGUCAAACAACGUCCGCACCGAUACCCGUUGUCGAUGCCUUGCCGAUAUCACGGGAGGAGGAACCCAUGCAGCUUGGAGGGAAUCGUCUCUCUCAAGCAGAGAGAGAUCGUCGCCUUCGUCUUCUGCUUUGUCUAUAUUGUGGAAAAGCUGAGCAUCGCAUCUACCACUGUCCUCAUCGUCCUGCACGCCGUCGCACUCAAGCGUCACCUCAGCUACCAGCAGGAGCUUAGUCUUCAGGUGGCACACCCAAGUUGCACAGGUGUGACAAACCCUCCAUCUUUACCUCCAUCCACACCUUCCCUCCAUCUUUACUUCCAUCCACACCUUCUCUCCAUCUUUACCUCCGUCCACACCUUCCCUCCAUCUUUACUUCCAUCCACACCUUCUCCCCAUCUUUACCUCCAUUCACACCUUCUCUCUAUCUUUACUUCCAUCCACACCUUCUCUCCAUCUUUACCUCCAUCCACACCUUCUUUCCAUCAUUACCUCAAUCCACACCUUCUCUCCAUUUCCUCCAUCCACACCUUCUCUCCAUUUUUACCUCCAUCCACACCUUCUCUCCAUCUUUACCUCCAUCCACACCUUCUUUCCAUCAUUACCUCAAUCCACACCUUCUCUCCAUUUCCUCCAUCCACACCUUCUCUCCAUUUUUACCUCCAUCCACACCUUCUCUCCAUCUUUACCUCCAUCCACACCUUCUCCCCACGUUGUCUUCUGUUCACACGUGACAUCACUUCCUGUGCAGAGCUUCCAGAGGUGUUCCUCCUCCAGAAGACGCCAUCCUCUCCAGUCACCUGCAUGGCGACAGGUUUCUACCCCGACUUAGCCGACCUGUUUUGGAGGAAAGACGGCGAGCAGAUCUUCGAGGACGUGGAGCACGGAGAGCUGCUCCCCAACCACGACGGAACCUUCCAGAUGUCAGUGGAGCUGAAAGUGGAGGUGACGGCCGAGGUGGAGGGCAAGUACGAAUGUGUGUUCCAGCUGUCUGGCGUCAAGGAGGACCUGGUCACCAAGCUGGAGAGAAGAAGCAUCCUGAGCAACGCAAGCCAUGAAGUGAUUAGUGGCUCGGGGGAGGCACCUCCCUGUGGCCAGCAGUAA